GCCAGUCUGCGAGAAUCCUAAAGGAACUUCCAGCGACGCCUCUCACCUCGGCUUUGUGCUAAGGUUACCCGACCCAUCGUUUGGGACUUUCCAGCACUUGUAAAACGUUUUCAGGGUUUCGUCAAGAGGCGUGGCAAAGCCGGUGGGGCGGGAUAUUGAGAUAUAUAUAUAUGUGUGUGUCAAGAAAGAAAUGAACGGGAAUAUAAAUCUUCUCAGACUCUAAGGCUGGAAGGAAUAGUGCAAGGAGCGCGCGUCACAGAGUGAUAUGGAAGAAGAAGCCCUUCGUAUGAGCUGCGACGCGCAGGCGCUGCAGUUAAUGUGCAAACUAAGGAGGAUCCUUCAGGUCGUCAGCGCCUGCCUGGUGGCAUUUGUGCUUCUCCUGGCUGUUCAGUGCUUUCUGAUCUUUCACAUGCACAACUCUCCCCAGGAGCCAAACGGAGUUCCGCCAGCUUCUGGAGUACAAGGUCCAUCGGUUAUUGUUCCAAGAGUCGGCACGUCAUCGUCAUCAUCAUUAUCAACAGCUCAUGUGACAGCGGUGAUGAAUGAUCGGAAUAACACCUUGUCUUGGGAGCCUGAACAGGGUUAUGCCUUUACCAAAGGGAUCCGUUACCAAAACAAAGCACUGGUCAUUCCAAGCAAAGGAGAAUAUUAUGUGUACGCACAAAUCCUCUUUUACCACAUGUACGAAGAAAAGCCUAAAGCAAGAACAUUGUCUUUUAACAUUUGCAAGGAAACAGAUAAGUACCCUGAAAAAAUUAAACUCUUGACUGGAGUGAAGACUAUGACCGAAACCAGCAAGUGGAUCGAAACUGCCUACAUCGGUGCAGUUCUUAGUCUUGAUAAAGAUGAUAAAUUAACUGUAGAUGUUGGUGACUACAAUUUAAUAGACUUGAGUAAUGAGUCCAAGACAUUUUUUGGUGCCUUCCAAGUAUCCAUUGAUCCCUGAAAAUGUUCUUGUAGCUUGCUGUAGGGUGAUACGGUAUGGGUUGAUCGAAUGCAGAAAGAAGUGGAACCAGGUACAGUACAUAAAGUGGCGGUUUUAUGUGACAUUAUGAAUAUUAUAUUUUUAUACCAGUUAUAUAUAUUGUUGUUUAUAAAAAAAAAUCACACUUCAUGCCUCUUUUUAGUACUGCGCCAGCAUAGGCAAGAAUAAAGUGGACGAUGAACUUAAUGAGGCUGGGGUACGUUACGUGGUAAUUCCAAUGGGAGCGUCUU